UUAACUUCACCAUCCAUUCCCCAAAAAGUAUUUAUUAACUUAUAUAAAUAAAUUAAUCUCCCGCAAUUUCCUCAAAUAAUCGUCUCAUUAUCCUUUCUUUCUUCUUCACACAAAUCGAUUGGUUCAAUUUUGCUCGCUCUGAUUUGCAUUUCUGGUUUUGUGAAUUAAGGAGAAGAAAGGUAUGGCGAAGGUAGAUCAGGAAUAUGAUUAUUUAUUCAAGAUCGUAUUGAUUGGUGAUUCAGGUGUUGGGAAAUCUAAUAUUCUUUCCAGAUUUACAAGGAAUGAGUUUUGUUUGGAAUCUAAAUCAACUAUUGGUGUUGAAUUUGCUACCAGAACUUUGCAGGUGGAUGGAAAGACAAUUAAGGCUCAGAUAUGGGAUACAGCAGGUCAAGAAAGGUAUCGAGCAAUCACCAGUGCUUACUACAGAGGAGCUGUGGGAGCACUCUUGGUCUAUGAUACAACAAAGAGGCAAACCUUUGACAAUGUGCAAAGGUGGCUCCGUGAACUUAGGGAUCACGCUGACUCGAACAUUGUAAUUCUGCUGGCUGGUAAUAAAUCAGAUUUGAAACAUCUCAGGGCAGUAAAUGAGGAUGAUGCUCAAGUUAUAGCUGAAAAGGAAGGACUCUCAUUUCUUGAGACGUCGGCAUUGGAGGCACUAAACAUAGAGAAGGCUUUUCAGACUAUUUUGACAGAAAUCUAUCACAUUGUAAGCAAGAAGGCAUUGGCAGCCCAGGAAGCAGCUGCAUCAGCCGGACUCCCUGGCCAAGGUACCACCAUUAACGUUGCUGAUGCAUCAGGAAAUUCAAGCCAGAGAAACUGCUGUUCUAAUUAAUGAAAGAGGAAAGCAAUCUCUUAUAAAAUGUGAGAAAAAUAGUAAGCGACCAUUGCACAGACAAUUUUUUUUUCUUCUCUUGGUUUCUUUAGAAAUGGUCGCAAGCGGAUACGGUGAUCCAUCUAGUCUAGGCUGUUUGUGUUUUACUUUCUCUUGGUGGUUUGUGUUCAAAAUUGGUACUGACUGGUUCGACAGAAAAGAUGGAUAUACGGAAAAAGCCAGUAGAUAUAGGUGGUUGAAGAAGCAAGAAUAUACAUUUGUAAGCUGUACUAGUGACUAGUGUUGUCUCUUUGUUUAUUUUGUUAUGAGUUUUGCUCACCUAACUUUUGUAUUAAUAAAAUAGAAAAAUAUUUUUUACA